GGCAACGGCGGCCUCGGCCAAUCAGCGGCUCCCGGACUCUGCGGCCGGACACCGAGGCGGCUGGAUACCUGUGAGGAGAAGGCAGAGGUCCUAAGAAAAACAAAUCUUUUAACAGAGGAGUUCCCCUUUUCAUUUCCUACUCUGCUUUGAGAACCAGACUAUUUGGGGAGCUAGUUUGGGGAUAUACCAGCAUGGAUCCAAGCAGCGAUUACCAGUUCCUCAAUGAGAUUCUGGGAAAAGCAGUGAAAAUCACCUUGAAAUGUGGCAUCUUCCAGGGAAUAUUGCAGCAUGUGGAUUCCAGCAGAAGUAUCGUUCUGAGCAGAGUGAAGAACUUGGAAACAGGCAGAAGCAUGGCAGGUGUGAAGAUGUUUUUUGGUUAUGAAAUUGUGAAUGUGGAACUGCUGGAGGAACUGGAACAAGAUGCAGCAAGAGGAGCUGCAACUCCCAUCAGGGACAGUCUAGUUACUGGAGGAACUGGAAUGCACAGGGGAGAACCAGCAGAGCACAGCCCACAGAGUUCUACUUGCAUUUCCCCAGAGAGCCGGUUCACCACCCUGAGUAACUUAAAAUAUACCCUGGCAGAGGAGGAAGAAGAGGAAAAUAUGGAGUACAUAGUCAUUGAUCAAUUCCAGCAGAAAUUUGGUCCUGCUAUGCUGCACAUCAAAAAACAGAGUGUUUUUGGUGUGGCAGCAGAGGGUGUUAAUCUGUGUCGUCAUGGAAGACUCUGCUGGCUUCAGGUAGCCACGAGGAGUCGGGUUUUUUUAUUUGAUAUUUUCCUUCUGGGGCCUCGAGUUUUCAAAAAUGGACUGCAAAUGGUGCUGGAAGACAAGAACAUUUUGAAAGUAAGUGUUCAGAAGGGUGGCAGGGUGUGUGUGAAAUGGUUGAACCACAUCAGUAAGAAAUUGCAAUUGGAUAUUGAAUCAACAGCCAUGUUCAAGCAUCUUUCUUCGGUUCUUCAGGUCAUUCAUGACUGCCGUUCGAUCUCAGACUGCCUGUCACAUCAGUAUGGAAUCAUUCUUUCCAACGUGUUUGAUACACAGGUUGCUGAUGUCCUGCAUUUCUCCAAUAUAACAGGUGGGUUCCUUCCACAUCGCAUCAGCUCCCUACAGGAGUGCUUGAUGCGACACCUCGAGAUGUCCCCCAAAAAGGUGUCCUUCCUGGUGUACAGGCAGCAGGCUGUUCAAGAGAAUCCUGAUAUAUGGUUUUUGAGACCUCUUCCACCUUCACUGCUGAAAAUAUUGGCUCUGGAAACCGUUUACCUUCUACCUCUCCGCUUGUUGCUACUGGAUGAGAUGAUGUCUGACUUAACAACCUUGGUGGAUGGAUACUUAAAUUCAUAUCGGGAGGGGUCUGCAGAUCUGCUGGGGAGCACAGAGAUCUCUUGUAUGGAGCUGCCAGAGGAGCUGCAGCAGCUGGCAGAUUUCCAAAAGUUGCGAAGAGAGAAAGCAUUAAAAAAGUACAAGGUAAAUGAGGAGGGUCUCCUGAUCAUACCACCACUGGAAUCCAAAGGAAAGAAGGCAGCAGAGGUAGAAGAAAAACAAGGACAGGAUAGUUGUUGGCUUUCUUCUAAUGGAGCAGCCUUACAAAAGACAUCCUUCCAUCCCCAAGAUCCACUUCAUCAAAAUGAUGAUGAGCAGAAGCAAGUGGUAGAUCACUGGGAAAAUAAAAAGUCUAGCAUCAGCUAUAAAAAUCCAUCCUUUGAAAUGGAGGCAGGAGCAAGAGACUUGGUCAGCUGGAACUCUGCAUCAGAAAACACCCAAGCAAUGGGGAAGGGAUUCUCUCCAGAGCAGAAACCUCACACACAGGCUGCUGGAUCUUUACAAGAAGAGAGAAGUCUAUUGUUCACGAGAAACCAGGAUGAAGACUUAUUUUGUGCAAAGCAUAGCACUAUUGUGUCUGCCUCUACUCCUCCAAAAAUUAGAAAUUCUCUUCAAGAUUCAUUUCAGGUUCCACAGCAGCCCUCACUUUCUGUACUGCCUCCUUGCCCAGUCCUAGAGACUGUUGGUUUGUGGCAGAACCCAUCCUUGAAGAUGACCCAGACCUAUAUUUCCAAUUUCCCAGUAAGGCCAGAAAGGGGAGGGAGUUCAGCAGUUCGCUUUGCCUUCCCUUCAGGUCUCAGCUGCCGGAUGCCAGCACCAAGCCCUGCAGGAAAAUAGCAGAGCUAUUUUCAUUACUCUUUCAAAAAAAGAAAAGAUAAUUGUCUCCACCGUCCUGUCAGUACAAGUGUCUUCAAGAAUGUUUAGGUAUUGGAGAAAAGUAUUUCAUUUCUGUUCCCCACUUGUUGAAAUAGUUCUACAGAACUCUCACCCAGUUCCAGCAAAGCUUCUGUAGUGCAGACGAGGCCCUACUGUAGAUAUAGCUUGCUGGUAUAGUUUAUAUCAGUCCCCUGAACUAAGUAAGCUAUAACAGCAAAAGCACUCUUGCGCCGGUAUAACUGCAUUUUACCUAGGACUUUUGCUGGUAUAAAAAAAUCACAUCCCUAGAUGAUAUUACUGUAUCUGCAAAAAUUUCUAGUGUAGACCUGACCUAAGUGUGACAACACUGAUGUAGACUUAGCUCCAUCAUUUUCGCAAACUGAUAAAGUAACAGCUGUGUAGCAUGGGAUUGCUCAAGAUUGUCCAUGAUUUGGUAAAUACAUAUAAUUAAGUAUUGCUUGGUCAGCACUCUUGAUAUUUUGGAAGAGAAAGUCACCUCAUUCCAUUGGGAGUGGGGGGAGAAAUGGGGAGGUUGUGUUGUGAAGUUUUGUGGCUGGUUGUCUGCAGUAAGAUUUCACUGAGCACUAACAGUGUACGUAAUAGGGAGGAGGUAUGGUUCUCUGCCCCAAGAAGAUUGCACUCUUGUGGUCCCCUCAUUCUUAGAUUGCAGAGUUUCAUUAAUUAAAUGUGAGGCUGUUUCACUAUCAUAUGGAAUCCAGGGUUUGUGCUUUUGAAUGUAUACAAAUACUUGUUUGAGUUGUGUUGACUGGGACACAAACUGUUGAGCCAUUGAUUUCCAGUUGUCAGCCUGUGAUGUAUAUGUGCAUUUUUGAAGUAUUCUUGCCAGGGAAAACAAACUCCAGAUAUUUUUACAAACAAUACUAAACUAGCAGUUCUGAAAUAGGACUUUCUUUUGGUACUGGCUUACUUUUUUUUCAUUGUUGUGGGGAAGGUGUUUCAGAGGUGGAUCAUGCUCCCUAUAUCAGUGCAUUUUGGGGGCUAAAGAGAGACAAGCUUCCACAAGUUCUCUGAAACAUUUACAUUAUUCUGUAUUGAAGAAAAAAAUCCAGGUUCUGCUGUCAUGGUUUAAAUAAAAAAAUAAAACCAGU